AUGCCCGGCAAUCUCUGCCGCGGCGGCGGCACCGCGCCGCCCUCCGGCCGGGAGGCGCCCGCCAGCAGUGCCCGCCCCGGCGGCGGAGCCCCGGCCGCAUCCCCUCCCCGCGCUCCUCCCCGCCGCGUGGUUCUCCCCUUCGGCGGCAGUUUUGGCCGCGUCCUUCUCUCCCUACUCUCCUCCCUCCUUCGCUGUCUCUCUGGCGGGGCUAUGGCCGCUUCCGAUGCCGACGAGCCUCUGCAAAAUGUUGGCUGUCGAACUUUGUCCUUGUCUGCACAUGUUGGAUUUGAUAGCUUACCUGACCAACUGAUCAGGAAAUCCAUCAAGCAUGGCUUCUGCUUCAACAUUCUUUGCAUUGGGGAAACUGGAAUUGGGAAAUCAGCCUUGGUCAGCAGUUUGUUUAACACUGAUUUUGAGGACUCUCCAUCAACACAUUUUCUGUCAAGUGUGCGACUUAGAGCCCAGACUUUUGAACUCCAGGAAAGUAAUGUUCUUUUGAAGCUGACAGUUGUAAAAACAGUGGGGUUUGGUGACCAGAUGAACAAAGCAGAUAGCUAUCAGCCAAUAGUGGAUUAUGUAGAUGCACAAUUUGAAGCCUAUCUCGAGGAAGAACUGAAAGUUAUACGUUCUUUAUUUAGCUACCAUGAUACUCGCAUCCAUGUCUGCCUCUAUUUCAUUUCACCUACAGGCCGUUCUCUAAAAACCAUAGAUUUGUUAACUAUGAGAAGCCUAGACAGUAAGGUGAACAUUAUACCAGUUAUAGGCAAAGCAGACAGCAUUUCUAAAACUGAGCUGCAAGAGUUCAAGAAGAAAAUAAUGAGUGAAUUAACUAGCAAUGGCAUCCGAAUAUACCAGUUUCCUACUGAUGAUGAAACCGUUUCUGAGAUUAAUACCAUCACAAAUGGUUAUUUGCCAUUUGCUGUGGUAGGAAGUAUGGAGAAGGUGAAAAUUGGAAACAAAAUGGUGAGAGCUCGUCAAUACCCUUGGGGCAUUGUAAAAGUGGAAAAUGAGAACCACUGUGAUACAAUAAAGCUCCGCAGGAUGCUUUGCACAAAUAUGGAAGACUUGAAGGAGAAGACUCGUGCGUAUUAUGAGUCGUACAGGCGCUGCAGGCUGGAAAAGUUGGGUUGCAGAGACAUUGGCCCUGAGAACAAACCAGUCAGUCUACAGGAAGUCAUUGAGGCAAAGAGGCUGGAGUUCUGCCUUGAAGUGGAAAGAAAAGAAGAGGAGAUAUGGCAACGAUUUGUGCAGAGAGUGAAGGAGAAAGCAGCAAUGUUGGAAGAGGCAGAGCAACAGGUACUGACUGAAUUUGAACAUCUUACGCUAAUGCAUCAAGAGGAGGAGCUGAAACUAGGGGAAGAGAAAAAACUUCUAGGAGAUGAAAAAGCUCAGUUUGUUGAGAAGAAAGCUGUCUCUGAAUCGAUUCAGUCACAAGUGUCUGUCUCUAGCCCUGUCAGUUUGAAGACACAAGGAUUGCAAAAAAAGCAAGAUUUUCAACUUGAAGUCCAGUGCUUUCAUAUCAGAGAUGAAGGAGCUAUGAAUGUUGGAGAGCAGAGCGAGAGGGAGAGUGAGAAGGAGGAGUUAGAGAGAGAAAUUCACCCAGGGAAUUUCAGUAGUAGUAUUUGAUUGCAGCACUCAGAUUUUGAAUGGUAGGGUAUGUUAGUAGUUUUAUGAAGUAGUCUAACUGCUCUUUGGCCCGUAUUAGAUGUGUCUUCCUAGUACAGGUUUUUGAGAGAAGACAUUGAAAAAAUUGGCUGUAAAAACACAAAGUGCAGAAUAUGACCCAAUAAAGAUUUCACUUUCUUCCCACCCACACACUUCUUUCUUUCACCACUCUUAAAAGAAAAACUUGAAUAAAUUGUGAAAAUUCAGAAAUACUUUCAAAAGUAGUGUCCAGAAUAACACUCUCAACUGAUUUAUAUAAAAACGUCGAAUUAAAUACUCAUAUAUUAAAUUAAAUUGACUUAAAUGUUUUUGUCCUCCAAAACCAGAAGUCAAUUAACUUGCUGAUUUUCUUUCCUGAUAAUUUACAAAUUUACUGCAGAUAACAUUUUGUUAAUUAAUAACUUCCUGCAGUUGAAAACAGAUUUCUUGGUUCUGAAUUUAUUUAUAACUGCUAUAUUCUGAAGAACUUUAGAAGCUAUGUUGGUGCACAUAUUUCCACAGAAUCAUCAAGCUUUGACAUUUUUGGGGUGUAUGCUAGAAGCAUAAUUUAGCCAAAAUAUAUUCCAUUUCAACUACUGUUACAAAAUUCCUUUUCCUGAAUUCCUUUUUUUCUGGAUUUGCAUAUGAAAGUGGAAUUCCUGGUAACAGA